GAAGAACAAGAAGAUAAUAAGCACUUGCUUCGCUUUACCCUCUGUACCCUCCAUCACCCGCCACUACAAAAGUGUAGCCCCACUUCCAAGUUCCAACCUUUUUCCUUCUCUCUCAACUCAGCUAAUUCCAUAGUUGAAGAAAGUUCUCUUUUUUGUUCUUCUUUCUGCCUCCAAAUUAUCACUGAAUUGCUAAGAUAGAGGAAGAGAAUCAAAAUACCCCACCAUAAGAGAAAACCAAAACCCAAACCCAAAGGAACACCAACAACAAUCAUGGGAGGUGGAGGAGGUGCAGUUGGGGUGGGAGGUUUCAAUGAAGAAGAAGGUGUUAUGGGAGAAAAGGAAGAAGAAAACAAGUGGCCACCAUGGCUGCAGCCACUUCUGAAGACAAGUUUCUUUGUUCAAUGCAAAGUCCACGCGGAUUCCCACAAGAGUGAAUGCAAUAUGUAUUGCUUGGACUGUAUGAAUGGAGCCCUUUGCUCAGCAUGUCUGGCUUCCCACAAAGAACACAGAACAAUUCAGAUAAGGAGGUCUUCAUACCAUGAUGUGAUAAGGGUGUCUGAGAUACAGAAAUUUAUGGACAUAACAGGGGUCCAAACUUACAUUAUAAACAGUGCCAAGAUCGUGUUCUUGAAUGAAAGGCCUCAACCUAGGCCUGGAAAAGGGGUCACCAACACCUGCCAAGUCUGUGAGCGCAGCCUCCUUGAUUCCUUCAGCUUCUGCUCUCUUGGUUGUAAGAUUGUUGGAACCUCCAAGAAGUUCCGGAAGAAGAAAAUGUUAGGUGAGACAGAUGGGUCUGAUGGUGAAGAAUCAGUUAAUGGCUUUAGCAUUGGAAGUGCCAGAAACAAAUUGCAUAGCUUUACACCUUCAACACCACCACCAACAGUGGCGAAUUACAGAACUGCCAAGAGAAGGAAAGGAAUUCCACAUAGAUCUCCAAUGGGGGGAGGGCUUAUUAUAGAAUACUAAUGUUAUAUAGUGGUUUUCAGUCACUUACCAAUCAAUAUUUAUACCAAAAAGAUACAGCAGUUGUUGCCACUUCCUUAAGUGGUGUCCUCAGAAAAUGUGCUUCAUAUUUUACGUAGUUGCAAUACCCGAGCCCUGUUCACUGAGGCCGGUGUUGGUAACUACUGCUUUAUCUUUGUAUAGGACAAAAAAAUAGGAAGCAAAUAUCAAAAAGGAAAAAGAAAAAUAUUAUGUGUCAAAAAGCAAGUAAUAAUAUAACAUAGAGUGGGGAGUAGUACUUUAUGUUGGUGUAAGAAUGGCAUUCAUGUGCUGGUUUGUGAUGCUAAAAUGUAUAUAGUGGUUUGUAGAAAGGAAUUGUAUAGCAUCAAAUUAGACAAUAAAAAAGAAAAGUUAUGAUGAGUAUUAAUUAUAUUCUCUUGGUGUGGUAUGUGACCAUGUCUUU